CAGUUAAUCAUUUCAACGAAUGGCACCUGUUCGGUUCAAAGGGGAAAUCGGGAGGCCACUGUGUUGGUGCUAGUGUAUCCUUUUCGCGCUGAGUAAAACAAACUUUUAAAAUGAAUACCUACGUAUAUCUUAUUUGCAAUACUAAAUAAAGAGCGUCGCAAAGCCGUCUCUUCAAAUUUGUGAACAGGUCCCAAGCGGUGGCCAUUUUGCAUUGACCCACCACCAUGCGUCUGUUCCUGCGUCGGCGCUUGUCCCUCCUGAAGCUGGCCCUGGCUGGGGGGACUCUGUUUAUGGUUGUCCUUGUCAUCCUCCAGAAAGACGUGGGUAUCAGCUCCAACUCUGUCCAGGACCCCUGGUUCCAAGACCUGGUGGAACGCAAGGAGAGAGUGCUGGUGAUGGUCCGAGGAGCAGUCAACAACCUGGGCUUCCAGAUUGGAGCUCCCCGGCCUCCACCGGUAGAGGAGCAGCAGGCCACCUCAGACCGCAACUGUCCUCCAGGUCACUACACCCAGGCAGAGUUGAAGCCAGUCCUGGAGAGGCCCCAACAGGACCCCCAGGGGCCCGGGGCAGAUGGGACAGGCUAUGAGAAAGACAAGAUGACACCAGAGGAGGAGAAAGAGAAGGAAGAUGGGAUGACUGUUAACUGUUUCAACCAGUUCUCCUCCGACAGGAUCUCCCUCAGCCGUAGCCUAGGAGACGACACCCGGCCACCAGAGUGUGUGGAGCGUAAGUUCCGCCGCUGUCCUCCUCUCCCCACCACCAGUGUAAUCAUAGUGUUCCACAACGAGGCCUGGUCCACCCUGCUGCGUACCGUCUACAGUGUCCUCCACACCUCCCCUGCUGCCUUGCUCACUGAGAUCAUCAUGGUGGACGACGCCAGCACUGCAGACCACCUAGGGACUCGGCUGGAUGAGUAUGUGAAACAGCUGAAUAUAGUGAAGGUGGUGAGACAGCGGGAGAGGAAGGGCCUGAUCACAGCCAGGCUCCUGGGGGCCAGUGGGGCACUGGGACAGACACUCACAUUCCUGGACGCACACUGUGAGUGUUUCCAUGGCUGGCUGGAGCCCCUGCUUGCUCGUAUCGUAGAGGAGCCCACGGCUGUGGUCAGCCCAGAAAUCACCACCAUCAACCUGAAAAACUUUGCCUUCAACAAGCCUGUAGCCACCUCUAAGGCCCAGAACAGAGGAAACUUUGACUGGAGCCUCACCUUCGGCUGGGAGGGCAUCCCCGAGCAGGAGAGGAACAGACGCAAAGACGAGACCUACCCCGUCAAAACUCCAACGUUUGCCGGUGGUCUCUUCUCCAUCUCCAAGAAGUACUUUGAACACAUUGGGACGUACGACGAUAAGAUGGAGAUCUGGGGGGGUGAGAAUGUGGAGAUGUCCUUUAGGGUGUGGCAGUGUGGGGGCCAGCUGGAGAUCAUUCCGUGUUCUGUGGUUGGUCACGUGUUCCGUACCAAAUCCCCCCACACCUUCCCUAAAGGCACUGAGGUCAUCACACGGAACCAGGUACGAUUAGCCGAGGUCUGGAUGGACGACUACAAACGCAUCUACUACCGACGCAACAGUAACGCUGCAAAGAUGGCCAAGGAGAAAGGGUUUGGUGACAUCUCCGAACGUGUGAAUCUGAGGGAGAGCCUACAUUGUAAGAACUUCACUUGGUAUUUGAAUAAUAUCUACCCCGAGAUGUUCAUACCAGACCUCACCCCGACCAAGUUUGGAGCGAUUAAGAACUCUGGCACUCAGAGCUGUCUGGAUGUAGGAGAAAACAACCAAGGAGGAAAGCCACUGAUCAUGUACACCUGCCACAACAUGGGGGGCAAUCAGUACUUUGAGUAUACAUCCCAUAAGGAGCUGCGUCACAACAUAGGGAAGCAGCUGUGUCUGCAGGCCAACCCCCAGCCAGACCAGGUUAAGAUAGAGCUCUGUACACUGAAGGGCCAAGGGACCAGCGUGGCCCCACAACAGGAGUGGCUCUUUACAGAGGAGAAUCUCCUCCAGAACCCAGCCAGUGGAAAGUGCUUACUCCUGAUAGGGAGCCAGAUAGUGAUGUACUACUGCAACACAGCUGAUCUCAACCAGCACUGGACAUUCAGUUGACCUCUCUGAACUUUAACCCCUGACCUUAACCAUAACUAAAGCUUGUACUGGACCUUGACCCCUCUACCAGCCCAUCCACCCAUAGACUCAGGGUCAAGAAGGAAAGGCCAGUACCAGCUGAGGACAACAGGACAGGACCAUAUGCCGCUGAGAACACAAAAUUGCUGACUUGAGAGGAAUGAACUGGUAGAACAUGGAGUACUGCAUACCUAUGUGAAUGAGCUCAGGAUUUAACCUCUGACUGUUUGAACUAUAUUUAUGAUGGAGAUUCAGGAAUGAAGGUGGUCUGGUUCCUUCUUGUGGUAGGGAGGGAACUGAACACUGCAGCCUGGGUUGUGUUCAUUAGGGGAAGAUAUUUCGAAGCAGAGUGAAACUGUGAUCUCCACUCCUACCUGAACUUGUCCAAUGAGAACACAGAUUUAAAUUUGUUGCAAAACAUUUUGCUACGGUAUACCCUACUAAACAUGACCCUGAACUGGCAGGCAGCGAUAUGCUCUACCCAGCUAAUAUGGUAGGAUCACUGACCACUAAAAUCUUAAAACCUGUCAGUUCCGCCAGCGGAACCCCUCGCCAACAGCCAAUGAAAUUGCAGGGCCCCAAAUACGAAACAACAUAAAUCUCAUAAAUCAAAUUUCUCAAACAUACAAGUAUUACAUUUUAAAAUAUUACAUUUUAAAGAUAAAAUUCUCGUUAAUCCAGCCACAGUGUCUGAUUUCAAAAAUGCUUUACAGCGAAUGCUCCACAAACGAUUAUGUUAGAUCACCACCAAGCCACAGAAUAAACACAGCCAUUUUUCCAGCCAAAGAGAGGAGUCACAAAAAGCACAAAUAGAGAUAAAAUGAAUCACUAACCUUUGAUGAUCUUCAUCAGAUGACACUCAUAGGACUUCAUGUUACACAAUACAUGUAUGUUUUGUUCGGUAAAGUGCAUAUUUAUAUUUAAAAAAUAAAUUUUACUUUGGCGCAUUACGUUCUGUAGUUCUAAACAUGCAAUGAUUUAGCUUAGAGACCCAUCAAAUUACACACAUACUCAUAAUAAACAUUGAUAAAGGUACGACUAUUAUACAUGGAAUUAGAGAAAUACUUCUCCUUAAUGCAACCGCUGUGUCAGAUUUUUUUUUAAACUCUACAGAAAAAGCAAACCAUGCAAUAAUCUGAGAACAGCGUUCACACUACAAAGAAGUCAAAGCGAUAUCCACCAUAUUGGGUCAUCAACAUUAGUCAUAAAUAGCAUUAGAAAUAUUCACUUACCUUUGAUGAUCUUCAUCAGAAUGCACUCCCAGGAAUCCCAGGUCUACAAUAAAUGCUUGAUUUGUUCGAUAAAGUAUAUCCUUGGUAAGCAAAUCCAAACGCGCGUGCAGUUCCAGCACAACGUCGGACGAAAAGUUCAAAAAGUGAUAUAACAGUCCGUAGAAACCUGUCAAACUAAUUAUGGGAUGUUUUUAACAUAAAUGUUCAGUAAUGUUCCAACCGAAGAAUUGCUUUGUUUGUAGAAAAGCAAUGUAACGAGAGCUAACUCUCUCGAGACCGCGCAUCAUGAGAACCAAGGCACUCUGCCAGACCACUGACUCAAACAGGUCUCAUGAGCCCCUCCUUUAUAGUAGAAUCCUCAAACAAGUUCCUUAAGACGGUUGACAUCUAGUGGAAACCUUAGGAAGUGAGAAAUGACCCCAUAGACACUGUGUAUUCGAUAGGCCAAGCUUUGAAAACCUACAAGCCUCAGAUUUCCCACUUCCUGGAUGGAUUUUUCUCAGGUUUUCGCCUGCCAUAUGAGUUCUGUUAUACUCACAGACAUCAUUCAAACAGUUGUAGAAACUUCAGAGUGUUUUCUAUCCAAUACUACUAAUAAUAUGCAUAUAUUAGCAUCUGGGACAGAGUAUCAGGCAGUUUACUCUGGGCACCUUAUUCAUCCAAGCUACUCAAUACUGCCCCCCUGUCACCAAGAAGUUAUUAACUUGUCAUCAAGAAGUUAACAGAAGAUCCUUUUCUUUAUACUCCAGAUUUUAAAUAAUUGUUUUGUUUGUCUAAUUUACACUAUGUGUGUCAGGAAAUUAAUGUAGACAUUGUGAAUAAUGUUGCUAUGACAAUGCAAAUAUCUGCCAAAGGGAGCGGUGUAAAAAAAUUUUUAAACUUAUUUGUCAUAGUAAACUGACAUACUGUAUGUUCCUUACAGGAUAUACCAGAGGUAAAGGGAUAUUCAAAAUCAUGACAAAUAUUCCUAUAAACAUAUGAAGGAUUGGAAUGGAAAUUGAAUGAGCACUUUUGGGGGAUUUUAAUUUAGUUUAAUUAUUGAUUUAUUAACAUGCAUUCAAUACGACUUGUGAUAUCAAUUUUACCAUCUUUUGGCCACAUUAAAUGAAUAAAAACAAGGAGAUUGUGUAUUACA